AUGGGUAAAUCAAAGAAUUUACUCGAAAACGAAAGGGAACAAAUCGUAAGGCUGUGAAAGCAAAGCAAAACCUUCACCGAAAUAGCAAAUAUAGUGAACAGGUCAGAAACGGCUUGUAAGCAAGCUUGGUAUAAAUUUUUAAAGGCAGACAUGUAUUGCGAUCAACGAAAAAACGGAACACCACGGGAAACAACGCUGAAAAUGGAUCGCCGGGUUCAUCGAUUGAGCGGAAAGGAUACACAAAUUAGUGCUAGAACUGUUAGGAGAGGAUUAGAAGACUUUAACUUAAGAGGACGAAAACCCCAAAAGAAACCACUACUGAGUUCUAAGAAUCGAAAAAGACGACUUGCAUUUGCUAAAGCUCAUAAGCAUUGGACAAGUGAAGAUUGGCAAAAGAUAUUGUUUUCAGAGGAAUCGAAAUUCAAUCGCGUCUCUUCUGACGGGAUACGGCAUGUUAGACAUCGAAUUGGCGAAAGUUUGAAAACACAGUGCGUUUUAAAAACUCUUAAACAUUGUGGUGGGAACGAGGCAGUCCUGGUCUGA